AUGGCUCCUUGGAGUAUACUGGCACUUAUAUGUGUUGCAUUCAUCUAUGUCGAUGCCAGGCGCUAUCAUCAGAAGCGAGAAACAAAAUCUCAUCUCUGCGAUCCCAUAUUUAACAAUACGAAUAAAAUCCAAUGCUUCUGCAUCAGAGAUUUUCAGGAACCUGAAUUAAUAAAAAGCGCUGAUUGCUAUUCAACGGUCGAAGGGAUUUCACAAGACGAUCUGAAUUGGAAAAGUUUUGAUGAAUUGAAAAAUGUCGGUAAACUAACUUUUACUAACUCGAGAGGGAUUGCGCUUAAAUACAUCCCGAAAAACGCUCUAAUACACACGAAGGCCUUGUUGAAAUUGGAUUUUAAGUAUGGCAACAUUGAAACCAUCGAGCCAUUCGUUUUCGCUAAUCUGACUCACGUGAAAGAAAUUACGCUAACAGACAACCAGAUUAAAGUGUUAAAAGCGAACGCGUUCGCCCAUCAUGUGGACUUAGUAACAAUCGGUCUCGACACGAACGGCAUUGUGGAAAUAAAUCGAGACGUAUUCAUCGAUCUACCGUCACUCGAGAAAAUUUAUCUUACAAGCAAUAAAAUAACAACAAUCCAUGACAAGGCGUUCGUACAUUUGACAAACUUGAAGGAGUUGGAAAUUGAUAGAAAUAAUUUGUUUAGUUUGAACAGCGAAACGUUUUCGGGAUUGAAAAAGUUGGAGAAACUUGAUCUGAGCGGCAAUAGUUUAGAAGUUAUCGGCGACAACACUUUUGUGCCGUUGAAAAAUUUGCGUUCAUUGAAUUUAGACGGUAAUAAAAUUCAAAUGCUCGAUGAGAAGGCAUUUAAAGGUCUGAUGAUGUUGCAUUCCCUGUCUCUAGCUCAUAACGAACUGACGGAUAUUGACAAUGUAAAAAUAUUCGACGGAUUGAAGUCUCUCUUGUUAUUGAAUUUAAAAGGCAAUCGUCUCCGAACACUCAAACCAGAAGUGAUGGCGCCUAUUUUGAAAAACUUUUACAGCAAUAUGAGUAGCUUAAAUGUUGAAGAUAACAGCUUCCCCUGCGAUUGUCGGCUCGAAUGGUUUGUUAACCUAAUGAACCAUACCGAGAGCUCACACUUGAAGCUGUCUAUAGAAAAUCUAAAAUGCACUCCCAGCAACGAUCUAAGAGAAAAAUGGAUAAAAACAGUAGAAUCGGAUAAAAAUGCUCAAGAUGCUGAGGAAGCUGACGGCGUACAAUCGGGUGCGGACUACGAAUAUUACGACGACACACAACUUAAUGGAAAAUUAUUUUACACCGAUCUUAGACUCCUACUCAACUGUACAAAACACAAAGCUGAUAAAUUGACACCAAAUAUACCAAGUACUGCAAUAAUUAGUCCGAAAACAACUACAACUGUUGUAGAGACAACAAAACAAACAACCCACAAACCCAUAGAAGAUACACAAGUGACUUACAAACACUCAAGGGAUAUUCAAGAUAUGUCAGUAUCUACGACUGAAGUGACCAAAGCAUCUACUCAUGAAAAUGUUGAUAAUAAACCAAAUCCGUAUACUACAAGUCGCUUAGCAACUGUAUCGGCUAAUCCAAUAAAUACGAAGAAAUUUGAUGAUCAUGAAAUGGCGUCGGACGAAGCAGUACCUGAUAAGAUAAAAGCUCAUCGAAGCGUUCAAGAGAUGAAAGACAUUCGUGAUUAUCCAUCGAAUGCCGCAAAUAAAAAUAUUGUGUCUUUUCUCCUCCUAACAAUAUUGUGUAUUAGAUUUUUGUAAGUUAUUUCACUAAGUAUUUAUAGACUUUAAUUAACUUUAUCUCUCACAGUCAUUAAUAUAAUAAACCUUUAUGUACUAAGA